AUGGCCGUCUCGGAUAUCGUCAACAAACUGGCCGUCUCCAGCGAGCCCGGUCUGACCAAUGCCCAGCUCAUGUUAACCAACCAUGACUUGCGCCCAGUCGAGCCCGAGCGCAGGAAAUGGGGAUGGUGGAACUUUGUCGCCUUUUGGAUUGCCGAUUCCGCCAACAUUAACACAUGGAUGAUUGCCUCGUCAAUGAUUGUCGGGAGUAACGGCCAGAUUCUCCUGUCGUGGUGGCAGGCCUGGAUCUGUGUCUGGAUCGGAUACUUUAUUGCCGCGUGCUUUAUCUGUGCCACCGGUCGCAUUGGCGCUCAGUAUCACAUUUCUUUCCCCGUGGUCGCGAGGGCUUCAUUCGGCAUCUGGGGCUCCCUGUGGCCUGUUUUCAACCGUGCUGCCAUGGCUUGUAUCUGGUAUGGUGUUCAGGGAUGGAUUGGAGGCGAAUGUGUGACCGUCAUGAUCACUGCCAUCUGGCCCAGCUAUGCCAACGUCCCCAACCAUAUCCCGAGUUCUGGCACCACAACCAAAGACUUUGUCAGCUUCUUCCUGUUCUGGCUCUGCAGUCUUCCGGCCAUCUGGUUCCCCGUCCACCAGAUCCGCCAUCUCUUCACCGUCAAGUCAAUUUUCACCCCGAUCGCCAUGAUUGCCUUUUUCGCCUGGUCCAUCCACCGCGCCAACGGCAUCGGUCCGAUCGUGGACCAGCCCACUUCUCUGUCAGGCGGCGCCCUCGGCUGGGCAGUUAUCAAGGGCAUCAUGUCGUCGAUUGCCAACUUUGCCACGCUGAUUGUCAACGAUCCUGACUUUUCCCGUUUCGCAAAGACCCCCCGAAGCGCGCUGUGGUCGCAGCUGUUUUCAAUUCCCAUCGGAUUUGCUAUUACCUCUUUUAUCGGCAUUAUCGCUUCGUCCUCGUCCAAGGUCAUCUUUGGCACCGCCAUCUGGGACCCGUUGCAGCUCCUGUCUCAGUUUUUGGUCGGUGCCAGCUCUGGAGAACGCUUCGGCAUUUUCAUUAUUGCGACGGGGUUCGCACUUGCCCAACUAGGAACCAACAUUGCUGCCAACUCGGUCUCGGCUGGUACAGACAUGACGGCGCUAAUGCCCCGGUUCAUCAACAUCCGCCGAGGAGGCUACGUGUGCGCCAUUGUCGGCCUGGCCAUGUGCCCGUGGAAGCUGCUCUCAUCAAGUAACAACUUCACCACAUACCUGUCUGCCUACUCGGUGUUCCUGUCGUCGAUUGCCGCAGUCCUCCUCACCGACUACUACGUGGUCCGAAAGGGCAACCUGCAAAUUAAAGAAUUGUACAGCGCCCGCAGGCGAUCUAUGUACUACUACACCUACGGCUUCUCCUGGCGAGGGUUUGUCGCCUACAUCUCGGGGAUUCUGGUCAACAUUGUCGGGUUCGCCGGCGCCGUCGGACGCACAGUGCCCAUUGGCGCGCAGUAUAUUUACAACGUCAACUACUUUGCGGGCUUUAUCGUCUCGUCGGCUAUUUACUACCUCCUGUGCCGCCUGUUCCCCGUUCCUGGUGCGAGCCAGAUCUGGAAUGAGCUCGAUAUCGAUGUUGACAAUCUCACGGUAGCGUAUGGCGAGUCGUUAUCAGAUGAAGAGGCUACGAGCAUUCCUGAUCUGGAGGAGGCUUUGACGGAUAAUAAAAAGGAUAAGAGAUACAACGUCGUGCUCCAGUUAUUAUUCUCCGAUGGUAUCAGCUGGCUCGCUCGCAUCCCGAAUCCAGACAGUUGCUUCCAACCCGACGAAAUCUCGGAUUCGUAUGCUGCGACGCUUAAAUAUCUCAAGAAGCAUAGUAACAUUCCUGUUCCAGAAGUGUAUGCAUAUGCGGCCAAGUCAGCUCCAGACAACAAGGUUAAGGCGGCGUAUAUUCUAAUGGAAUAUCUUUCCGGGCAUCCGCUGCCGACGCUGAAGGGGAAGACGCUCAAGGCCAGCGAUAAAGAGAUUGCAGUGGUAAAAAAGGUGCAUACUCAGUUGACGGAUAUUAUUUUGGAAUUAGCAUCUCUGAAAUUCGACAAAAUCGGCUCCUUGCUCGAAGACUCAAACGGAAACUUUUUCAUCGGGCCAUAUACAGAGACUAAUGCAACCGCGUAUCCACAGCACAAGGCUGUGGCGUACAGCCAACUUGAUGCUCAGCACAAGGGCCCCUUUUCGUCCACCACAGACUGGUACAAUGCAAUGGCUGAGCUCAAUCUCAAGUACGCCGUGGGGAAUCCCGAAGUAGGAGACAGGAGCAAAGAAGUGGCUAGUUACGAGCUUUUCGCGGAGCUGGCUGGUCAUUUUAUAGUUCCAGAGUUUAAGGAUGGGCCUUUUGUGAUUAAUCAUAACGAUCUCACUGUUCAGAAUAUCCUGGUUGAUGACGACUUCAACAUCACCGGUAUUCUCGACUUCCCCGGCACGGUCGUCCCCUUGCCCUCACUCUGCCUGUACCCAUGGCUAUUCGGCGACAAAGUCAGCGGCCUAGUCACUGACCGAGCCCGCUUCCUCGAAACCUUUUUGGCUCGCGAGUGCCGAUUCCAGUCUUCUAGUUUACGCUGCCGAAACCUCCGAAAGGACCUAAUGAACACCGCAGAGUCCCGGCGGCAGUUUGAGAUGGGACUAAUGGAGCCAUAUACGUAUCUUUUUCUUCAAACUUUGUACGAAGAGAUAUAUGGAUGUCCGUUUGAGCCAGAAGUGGAGUAUAAGCGUGUUGUGGAGACUAGGGGUUUGUUUGAUACGCUUGUGCCAAGGGGAGAGGAUGGGUUGCAUUCGUGGGAGAGAUGUGAUUAG